AUACCAUCAGGGAGCAGCUCGUUAUGCCCAACGAGUAUACGGCCACCUCCCCCGAGAGCAACCGCAGGCUGGCUGGGACCGCCUCUCAGUUCUUCUUUGGGGCACAGAUUGGGUUUUCACAGAUCAUUCUCCUCAACGACCGCUUGUCGAAGACGGUGGAUGACAAUGCGGUCGAGAUUGCCAACCUCAAGAAGAGCCUGGAGAGCGGUCGCGCUGCAUUGGAGGAGGAGUUGCGGCCUCAGUUGGAGAAGAGUUUCGGGGAACGGUUGGCGAGCAAGGAGAAGGAGCUGCUCAACGAGAAGGCAGGGGCGAAGGCGGUUCGUGAGGAGCGGGAUCGCCUCUUAGACUCGCAGCGCAAGUCUAGUGAGAUUGAGAAGGCUCUUGUGGAGGAGCAGGAAGCUUUACGGAGGGAGGUGGACGCCUUGAAGCUGGAGAAGGCGUCCUUGCAGGUCGCUCACGAGGCGGAGUUAACCGCCGUUCGU